UUUCUGAUUACAAUGGACCUGAUCACCACGUCGCUUCAAUGUGGCAAUAUUACAAUAAAUACGGUAGAAGGUUCGAUACAGGUGCAGCUUUUGUGAAACCUGUUGUGAACAGAAAAAAUCUCAAAGUACUCACAGAGAGUUUCGUAAUCAAAGUAGAGAUAGAUAAAAGUACCAAAACGGCUAAAGGUGUCACAUUCACCAGACACGGCAAGAUUCACUUCGUAGAAGCGAAAAAGGAAGUUAUACUUUCUGCCGGAGUUUUUGCCAGUCCUCAUCUUCUCAUGCUCUCAGGUGUCGGUCCGAAAGAACAUUUAAAAGAGAAGGGUAUAGAUGUCAUAGAAGAUUUGGUAGGAGUUGGCAGAGGAGUUACUGACGAUGUCAUAAAUCAGUCCUGUCUUUUUUCAUAUUUGUCUAAGCUGUAUAUUCCUACGCAAACGUUUGAAGAUAAAAUUGCAGAUUAUUUACAUGGUGUUGGAACACUAACUACAGGAGCCCCUUCCCAUGGAGUAGCUUGGUAUAAAUCGGAGGUAAAUAAAAACUCUGACCUUGCAGACCUUAUGCUGUACUGCCUACCAAAUUCUCGUUCGUCGCUGGAACCGAAGAUCACCAACUGGGAGAGUGAAACCUACUAUAGAACUUGGGGAGAUGAGUCAAACGCUUUGCAAAUGACCAUUAUGCUGGUCAAUCCCAAAUCCAGAGGUACCAUCAAACUUCAGAGCAACAGUCCGUAUGAUUAUCCUCUGAUAGAUUUGAAACUCCUUUCCGAUCCUCAGAAUGAAGAUAUUGCUGUGAUGUACGAUGGCAUUAAGCGGGCAUUUAGUUUGAUGGAAACUUCCUCUUUCAAAAGAUUUGGAGUGAAAUAUAUAGGCAGUCCCUUACCUCAGUGUCGCAAUUACACGUUCAUGUCGAAAGAUUACUGGUACUGCUUUUUGAGAUACACUAGUUCUUCGGGAUACCACACCUCUGGUAGUUGUCGCAUGGGUGCUAAUCGUACAAAUGGGGUGGUGAAUAAUAAUUUAGAAGUUUUUGGAAUCAGAAAAUUGAGGGUUGCUGAUGCUAGCGUAUUUCCUCUUACGGUAGCUGGACCUCCCAGUGUUACGUGUAUAAUGAUCGGAGAAAAAAUAUCCGAGGUCAUCAAAACUCGGUAUAAUUGAUAGUUAAUGUUUUGAUAAAUAUUCUUUUGAAAUGUGAACUGCCCUAAUCUAAAUAUAAACUGAUAAUGAAAAUGUA